AUGUCACCUGUUCAGAAAGUUAGCCUUCAUCCAGAUCUGGAUGGUUUAACUGUAGAAGGUGUGUGUAAGAUGUUUGACCUCAAGAUUAUGAUUGCCAUUUGUGGCGGCUUACUGACGACCGCAUUUGUGCUGAUGGGUGUUGUCAUCUGUCUUUACUUCAAAGUAGCUGACACAUUAAAUGCUGCAAAGGCCCCUGUUGCUAUGGCCAUAACCAAGAGUAAUCAAGACAACGUCGCCGAGGCUACAAUCUCCGAGUCUUAUCCCAGCCUCCGGUGCUGUGAAGAAUGUAGCUUGCCUGCCGACUUUGACCGCCUGCCAUCGCGCUUCUGUGACAUAAACAAGGGACUCUGA